AUGGCUCCAAUCAAGCACUUCCACGCGGGCCAGUCUCUCAUCGAGAACGACAAGUCCAAGAUCCUCGGCCUGACCAUUGGCAAGCAUGAAAACCUGCAACCGGGAACAUAUAUUCCUCGCGGGGGUAAGAAACCAAUAUAUCCAGCAGCCAUUGAAUUCUCAACUAACGCAGAACAACAAAAAUCCACAGAGGCCCAAGACUUCCCGAAGAUCUUCUUCUCUGGCGCAGACCCCGCCAGAACCUACAUGGUCGUGUGUCUGGACAUCGACGCGCCUUUCGCGGCUUUCAACUUUCUGAGCCCUAUCCUGCACUGGAUGCAGUCCGACGUCAAGGUCACCAGCGACGGUGUGCUGAAGUAUGACGCGCCCUUUAUCGCAGACUACAUCGGCCCUGGUCCGCCUCCUGUAGGCGCGCCCCAUCGGUACCUGUUCUUCCUCUAUGAACAGCCCGCGGGCUUUGACCUCACUGCUCAUGCUCCGGCGGACGGCCAGAAGAUGGCCCGUAUGAGUCGCAUGCGGUACGAUUUCGAAUCUUGGGCGGAGAUGGUCAAACUUGGCCCUCUUGUGGCUUUCAAUUAUUUCACCUGCAAUUAG